AAUAAUAAUAAUAAUAAUAAUAAUAAUAAUAAUAAUAAUAAUAAUAAUAAUAAUAAUAAUAAUAAUAAUAAUAAUAAUAAUAAUAAUAAUAAUAAUAAUAAUAAUAAUAAUAAUAAUAAUAAUAAUAAUAAUAAUAAUAAUAAUAAUAAUAAUAAUAAUAAUAAUAAUAAUAAUAAUAAUAAUAAUAAUAAUAAUAAUAAUCAUAAUAAUAAUAAUAAUAAUAAUAAUAAUAAUAAUAAUAAUCAUAAUAAUAAUAAUAAUAAUAAUAAUAAUAAUAAUAAUAAUAAUCAUAAUCAUAAUAAUAAUAAUAAUAAUAAUAAUAAUAAUCAUAAUCAUAAUAAUAAUAAUAAUAAUAAUAAUAAUCAUAAUCAUAAUAAUAAUAAUAAUAAUAAUAAUAAUAAUAAUCAUAAUAAUAAUAAUAAUAAUAAUAAUAAUAAUAAUAAUAAUAAUAAUAAUAAUAAUAAUAAUCAUAAUAAUAAUCAUAAUCAUAAUAAUAAUAAUAAUAAUAAUAAUAAUCAUAAUCAUAAUAAUAAUAAUAAUAAUAAUAAUAAUAAUAAUCAUAAUAAUAAUAAUAAUCAUAAUAAUAAUAAUAAUCAUAAUAAUAAUAAUAAUAAUAAUAAUAAUAAUAAUAAUAAUAAUCAUAAUAAUAAUAAUAAUCAUAAUAAUAAUAAUAAUAAUAAUAAUAAUAAUAAUAAUAAUAAUAAUAAUAAUAAUAAUAAUAAUAAUAAUAAUCAUAAUAAUAAUAAUAAUCAUAAUAAUAAUCAUAAUAAUAAUCAUAAUAAUAAUAAUAAUAAUCAUAAUAAUAAUCAU